GUUUCUUGUUUAUGUUUUGAAUUUGAAAGUUUAAAUCCAGCGAGUGAGAGAAACACAGCCGGAAAUGUUCAAAAACCGCAAAACGCCACUGCUGGCGAAGAAAUCCUCCGACCUGGCCACCAUCCGGGAGUCCAGCAGUGAUGGCCAGCCGCCGUCGGAACCGGUGGAGAAGGUGCCUCGCGUGGAUUCCGGACCAGCAGCGGCGGCAGCUGGGGAAAACGACGAUCCGUUCGGGUCGAGCCAGUUUUCGGUCCCGGCCAGCCAGAUGUGCAGCCAGCGGCGGUACCUGUCGCAGCGGACCAAUCUGCAAAAGUCGCAAAGUGCGCGGACGUCCCGCCGCGUUCCGGUCAACUAUUUCGAGCAUGUGCUGCUCCAGUGUCAGGUGGAUCUAGACGAUCCCACUUCGAUCGUGCUGCGCUGCGAACCCAUCGCGUUCGUCCGCACCGUCCGCUCCAUGUUGCGCACCUCGCCGGACUACCCCCGCAACGUGCAGGACUUUGUGAAGGGUUUCGAGCAGACGAGCCGUGCCGGCGGCGAACCGUUCCGCAAGCUGCUGGAGUGCUGCCAGCUGCAGAACCGAAACACGGGCGACCUGAAGCCGGUCCAGGAAAGUCUGAUGAAGAUGCUGCUGUGUGUGGAGUUUAUGCAGCUGGAGUUGAUCACGGUGCUGUUUGAGUGCGUCGAGCGGUUGGCUCGGGACGGAGGGGAGAGCGGGUUGAACCUGACGGGGUUGGUGCUGUCGCAGAUCAAGUAUAUUGAUCAUACGGUGCACGGGAGCUUUGUGUUCAACAAGUACUUUGAGGUGCUGGAGCGCUGUCAGAGUGGUGCGUUGGUUCGGGAGGCGAUCGUGUCGUUGCAGGACGUUAUCGACGUUUCCAAGCAGGACGAAGCGUUUGGGAAGAUUUUGGAGUUGUUACCGCGAGCGGCCGAGCUGUUUACGUCGACCAAUUUGACGGUCUUCUGCCAGAUGUGCCUGAGCGGGUCUACGCUUAGGUCUACCCGGCAGAAGGUGGUGGGUUUUGUGGAGGGCGGAUGUCCGGUUGAGGUGUACCCGGCGCUGGUGAAGUUUUUGCUGAAGUUUAACGGCGCAGAAGUUGACACGUUGCACGAGAAUAUCUACGAGAUUCGGCAGGUAGUGCAGAGGUUGGUGCGGCACGAGGACGCCGGUGAGAAACAGUUGGAAGAGAUUUUCCAAUCGAUCUACCAGGCGUUGACCGUAUCGGGUGUGCUGUACGAUGCCUGGGUCAAGUUUUCCCGGAUGUUGACGGACGAGGAGUCGCACACGGCGGUAGAUUUGCUGGUUCUGUUGAUGAUGUUGACGGUGAACGAGCUGAAAAGUGGGGUGAUACAGAAGAUUCUGGCCAACAAGUUGAAGAAGCAACACUUGACGGUGGACCACAUGGAGCAGCUGACGAAGCGGUACGGAGCCGUGCUGAAGACACACAUGGACUGCGUGCUGGACUUUGUCGAGUCCUGUUUGAAGGAGAGACAAACCGAGGUGUGCGAAUUUGGCGUCAUGUCGAUGAGUUACCUUUUUUCGGCAAACAGCAUGAACAACAAGUUGGUGCUGAACAAGCUGGUUGGAUUCAUGUGCGAGAUGGCACUCAUCAACGAAGCAGCACGAAACGAUCAUCUGAUCGCGGUCUGCAUGAACUCGCUGUCGAACAUCCACGAAAAGUACCCGAAUGAUAUCCGGAAUUGUGCGCACAUUCUGCUGAAGAUGAUGGACGUAUCGACGGAUCUGAGUUUGGAGCAGUACCGUUCGGCGGUGAGCAUAAUCUGCGAUGCGAUCCAGAUUCCAGAUCAGCCCAUCAGCGAUAACGAGUCCUGGGACAGCAUCAACAUUAUCAUCAAGAAGCAACUGCUCAGCAAUCACAAGGAAAUCAAGAAAAAGGGCGUCAUUGGAGUCGUUCGGAUGAUUCACCAUCUGCUGAAGAAUUCGGCCGAAAAUCCGCCCGACCUGUCGUCCAGUUUCGACUCGGACAAAACCAUCGAAUCCGCUACGGACAUUCCAACCGCCGCAGGUCGUGAAAUCGGAAACAUGUUUAACCUGAUGAUCGCGUCCUCGAACGAAUCGAACGAAAUUUUAGCGCUUUGCUACGACGAACUCGCGGAAAUGUUGAACGAGUUCAGGAACCGCGUCGGAAAACCGGAACGAGCCUUCACGGUGUGGCUGUGCGACGUCAUUACGAACGAGUUCCAGAACUUUUUCGUGAUCGAGGAAAUCCCAACCGGAGACGUGGUGCAGUUCGCCAAAAAGUUGUGCAUCAACGAAGCGACCGAUAUUGAGAACACAAACGCGGAAGCGUACGCCAUAGCGGUCAACAUCGCUGACGUCCUGCAGCAUGCGAGCCGGUACUCGGCCAUGUGCUUCUUCCUGGCGAUGUUCAAGCUGAUGAAGUCACUGCAGGAGAUUCGGUACGAGGGCAACUUGGAGUCGAUCAACGCCCUGCUGGGCUGCGCCAUCGUAGUUCCGACCUUCUACGACGAACCGGACGAGAAGACGUUGCUCGAGACGUUCGAAGAGGACGUUUGUCGGCAGAUUUUGGACGCGUACUUUUACGUGGCCAACUGGUUCCGCGAGCUAAUCAACGCCUUCAUCGAGCAAUCGGACGAGGCAACGCACAAAAAGGUGAUCCAACGGCUGUCUUCACUCGUUCAUCUCGAACAACGCCUCGCGGGACUUCUUCGCUCCGUAGACUUCGACUACGUUCCACCGAUCUGCGAUUUCUUGACCAAACCUCCGCCAAAGGCAGUGGCCCGCUUUGGCCGUGACCCGUCCGCAAAGCCGAGCGCCACCCAAAACGCAACCCGAACUCAGCUGGACCAGACCAACCGAAAUCGUUCGGCGGACGGAGCUGACGCGGACUGCGAAUCCGUACUGGCUCGCUAUCGUGUAGGAUUUCGAGCGAUGGACGGCAACACGAUUGCGCUACUGCGGGAGACGUUGAUCCUAGACCACAAGCUUCCGGAUGAUCGAAUUGGCCAAGCGUUGGGACUACCCGAGUAUCGCUUUCUGCUCGAGACCCUCACCAGCGGAAUCGAGGCGAAGGUCAGCUCGCGAGCUAAGCAGCACUUUCCGUAUAAAGUGGAAGCUAUCCUGGAGGUUCUGCCCCGCGUCGUGGAGAACUACACCAAGAUCAAAGCGAAACGUCGCGAGUUGAGCCAUUCCACGGACAAAGAGAUCCAAGUGGAGUUCAAAGCGCUAACGAGUUGCUUCAACUGGUCACUUCGCUGCUUCACCGGCAUCGUUCAGUUGGUCAAGCUGAACCCUAAACUGCUGGAGAAAACGCUGAACAUCCUGAACAAGUUGACACCAUCUUCCGACGCCGAUGACACCAACGACGCGCUCGUGGAGCAGAUCCUGUCUUCGGAACUAAGUCACAAAAACGCCUGCAAAGACCUGUUUAGCGCCAACUGCCUCUACAACUUUGCCAUCACCCUCAAAUCCAGCGCUCCCUCCGCCAACUCCGCAUCAACGAUCGCGACCUUCUGUCAAAAGUUUAUCUGCACCGACUUCCACCGCAAAACCGGCACCACCAACCACCUGAACCAGCUUCUCCAGGGAACCUUCGUGAUCGCCGACUUCACCAAGAUCAAACGGCUCACCAAAGCGCUAGCCGAAGAUCUACUCGCGUCGAAAAACGACACCCACCUACUUGCCGGACUCCAGCGACCGCACUACCCCCUGCUCUUCAAAGAACUCGCCAAGGCGUUCCUCGCGCACCUCCAGGCCGAGCUGCGAUCGCGCAAAACCACCGUCCAACGAUUUGUCCUUUGGGAGCAGUCCUGCGAAAUCCUCAAACAGUUCUCCGAGGUCGCCAAACAAGCGGACAACUUCAAGAUCUACGGCUGCUACAUGCGCUACGGCCACACCUACAUCAAGCUCUUCCAACAGCUGGGCCUCAAAACCCUCGAAGACAUGCUGAAAGCGUCCGCCGAUCGCGUCUCGCACCUACUCAGCACUCUGCAGCACAGCACGCGCUACCUGCACAACAUCUGCUGCCACUCGAAGAGCGCCAAGGACAAAAGCCUGGCGGCGCAGGUCCCCUUCAUACGGGAAACCGUUGAAAAUCUCAUCUACAGCGUGAAAGCGGUGCUGGCGGCGAACGAUUGCUCGGACGUGUUCUGGAUGGGGAAUCUGAAGAACAAGGACCUCAGGGGGGAUCUGCUGUUGUCGCAGCAGGAACCGGACGAGAUGGACGACGACGAUGAUCAGGAGGAUGAUGGAGAUAUUGGUGAUUUUCUGAGCGAUGACGAGGAAGGGGCGGGUGGUGAUGCUGGGCGGAGUGCAACCACAAUGAAUCGAAGGGAAUCUACGCGGUCGUCGCAGAGCAAGUGCUUCUGAGUUUUUCUCAGUAGAGUAA